AUGUUUCAUACGUCCGCCGCCUACUCCGACAUGACGGCGGCAGCGGUGGUGGCCAGCGGCAACGGCGGCUCCUAUCAUCAGUCGGCAGCUGCCGCGGCAGCCGCGGCCGCCGCCAACACGCCCGUCUACGUGCCCUCGAGCCGCGCCCUGCCCCACUCCCAGUACGGGGCCCAUUCGGCCAACUUUUCCACGCAAAAUGGCUGGCCGACCGACGGUUUCGGCACGACCCACACGCAGCUCCCGCCGCAGUUCUACGCCCAGAACGUGAUGAUGGGGUCAUGGCGCGCCUACGACCCGACCGGCUUCCAGCGCACCUCGCCAUACGACAGCGCCAUGGAUUUUCAAUUCGGCGAGGGACGCGAGUGUGUGAAUUGUGGGGCCAUUUCAACACCGCUCUGGCGUCGGGACGGCACCGGUCACUAUCUCUGCAAUGCAUGCGGGCUCUAUCACAAGAUGAACGGCAUGAACCGUCCGUUGAUAAAGCCCAGCAAGAGACUGGUGAGUCAGACGGCCACGCGCCGGUUAGGGCUGUGCUGCACGAACUGUGGAACCCGCACGACGACGCUCUGGCGGCGGAACAACGACGGGGAACCGGUGUGCAAUGCCUGCGGGCUGUACUUCAAGCUGCACGGCGUCAACCGGCCGCUGGCCAUGCGCAAGGACGGCAUCCAGACGCGCAAACGGAAGCCGAAGAAGGCGGGCAGCGCAGGGAGCGCCACCGAUGUGAUGGCGCUUGUGGGCGGCAAAAAGGACGACCUGCUCGGUACGGGGGACGGGAUGCUGCACACCACCGACCGGAACGGCAACUCGAAGGCGCUGUCGGCGAGCCCCAAGUCCCAGUCGCACCUAACGUCACCGCCGAUCCGCUCGUUGCACCUGUCGCCCCACCACCCCCACCACCACCAUCAUCCUCAUCACGCGCAGUCCUACAGUCUGGCUGGGUCCGGAACCCACCAUCACGGGGCCGGCGGCGGAGGAUCGUCGUUGGGAUCGUUGGUCGGGAAGUACGAUCUGGCGGCCCUUUCCUCAUCGUCCGGAUCGCUCGGUGGCGGUGGUGUCGUGGCUUCGUCUGCCUCCCACCAGCAUCAGCUGGGCGGUGGGCUCGGCGGAUCCCACACGAUCUACACGACGGGCACGUCGCAGGCCAACAGCAACGCGGGUUAUCCGGGCGGAAACCACCCCGGUUCCAGCACGACCCCGGUCGGUGGCCUCAGCAACAACAACAACGGCGCCGGAACAACGUUCGGAUCGGGACAGAUCAAAUCGGAAGCCGGUAACCUCGGUACGGCUACCACUCCGACGUCGGUGGCCAACGGCGGGUAUGGUGACUACAUGAACAACUGUCUGCCGAGCGGGUACUUCGGGGGUGGGUUUGGGACGCUCCACACCCACCACAGCCCGCACCACCACGGGGUGUCGGCGGCCGGCGUCGUCGGCUCGGGCGGUUCGGUCGUGAACGGGGCCUCGCUGGCCGGGGCUCACCACGGACACCCGCACCAUCACCAUCACCACCACCAUCACCACCCGACGGCGGCCGAUCUGGCGGGGUACCACCACCAGCACAACGUCAUCCAGGCGGCCAAGCUGAUGGCCUCCUCCUAG